GCCCCUCCCACUACUCCGCAUGGCGGGGCUACCCCUGCGCAGCGGUCACUGCGCUCUUCUUACUCCUCUGCACGCGAGAGCUUGGCGGCGCGGAGGUUUCGGAGGCCUAUGUGGACUCUCCUGUGCUGCUGUAGAGUGACUCACUGCACCCGUACCCCCUUCCCAAAACCACCUUCCGCUGGAAGAGAGGCCAGGGAACUCUGACAAUGGAUAUUUUCUUGGAAAUUAGGAAGCGGCUGCAGAGCGCACUGCUGAUUAUCCGAGAGCCAAAACAAGGAAGCUUGCCCAUGGAUGUUUCUCUGACUCCAUCAGUCCUGAAGAUGAAAACUCUUGAACAGUGCAGAGAAAUCAAGUUUCCAGCAGAGGUCAGGCUUGUCCCUUCUUCUCUUCGUGGGCUGCAGUAUAUAUCUGGAGAUGGGAUCCAUAUGAGACUUCUCGUUCAGGCUGACUUGAAUAAGAAACUGGUUACUGCUUUGAACCAAAGUCUACAAGCCCAGAAGUGCUAUGUGUUUCAUUGCCAGACCUGUGGUGAGAUCAUUGUAAAGGAGAGGAAGCUCCUCAGAGUUCUUCCUCUGCCAAGUGAAAACUGGAAUGCCUUAGUUGAAGAAUGGUGUUGCCAUCCGGAUCCCUUUGCUAAUAAGCCACUUCAUCCUGGAGAGAAUGACUGUUUCAUUGGAGACACUCAUUUGCUGGUGAAUGUAAGAAGUGACUCAUGUAUACCAGGACCUGAAAUAGCCCAAGCGGAGACUCACCAGCUUUCAGAGAGCCACUUGGAAUCGAAACCAAAGGCAAAUACCAAGAUAAUUUGCAAACGUUGCAAAGCGAUGCUAGGAGAAACUGACUCAUCAGGGACCACAAAGUUUUAUAUCACAGAGAUAAUUAUCCAGCCAUCUGGGAGAGAUUUUGACAUGAUACCAAGGUCUCAGUUUGUACAGAGCGUUAUUGCUCAGUGUCUUGUGGAACUGUCCUCUGCUAGAAGCACGUUUAGAUUCACUGUUCAAGGACAUGAUGGAAAAACCUACAUCUUGGUGUGGCUUUUAAACUCAGACAGUUUACUGAUUGAAUCUCUGAGAAAUUCAGAGAGCAUCCAGAAAUUCUCAUUGUUUGAAGGUAUGGAGAGUUUGGACUCCAACAACAUAGGCAUCAGGAAUGCUGUCAAGGUUCUUUUCCAUCCAUGCAUCAAAAAUAGAAACAUUGAGCUUUCCAGUUCAUGGGAAAAUGAUAUUGGAGUCCAUUCCCUUGUUCUGCCUUCCCAAACCUGUUUGGAGCUACUGUUGAUAUUAUUGAGGAGUAAUCAUUCUUUGCCACCUUCUCUUCAAUAUAUGAACUCCUUUCAGGUGGCCUUUUUGAAGAUGUGACUGUUCAAGAGUCCCCGCAUUCCCCCUUCUCUGCACACUUUCCAACACACUGCAUUUCAAAGGGCCAGGUGGCUCUGUGGCAGGCAGCUAUUUUGAAGAAAGGGGCUAGUUUUAAAACAAGAGCAUCUCAUUUAAUUCUUUGAGGGUAUUUGUUUGCAUUUUGCAAUAUGCCCCCCAUAGGAAUAGUUCUCAGUUGGACCCUUUGAAAAACCAAGGCUCUGAAGAAACUCACAGUUGUGGGUUGUCAGAAGUUGGAGAUGGAUACAGAAGUGACCUCCCUCACCCCUGCAGAGAAGGACAUUCGGCUCUGUGCUGCGUCAGCACCACCUGGAAGGAACAGGGCUGGUUGCUGGGAUAUUAGCUAAUAGAGACCCAUCUGUCCUGUAAGGAAGCUUAAGAGACAGCUAGUGAGGGCAUCAAUCAGUGGGGGCUGAGUGUUGAAUGCCACAAAUUCUGAGAAACGGACUUUUAAAGAGCGUCUCAGACAGAGUUGUUUUGUUUUGAAAGGCAAAAGAAAAUAGAUUAUUUCUAGCUUUUGCCAUCAGAUUAAAAAGUAAAGUGAAUGUUUUAUUAAACCAUUUUUCAUUUUGACUAACCUGUUUGUUUCCUGCCUGUAUUACUUUUUUGGUACUAUUGCAGUAACCUUUAUAAUGUUGCCCCGACUCUCGGAAUUUUAAAAAAUAUUUUUAAUUAUGAUUUUAACAAAAUAUUUUGAUAUGCAGUGAAGAAUGAAAAAGAGGAUUAUAUAUGAAACUGUUAACUUCUGUUAUGUGCAGUUUGGUUUUUAAACUGAAAUUUUAAUUUAACACAGUAAUGAAAUAGAAAAAAAUUACCAUC